AUGCUGAACCUCCUGCCGCUGCGGUUCACGGCCACCGACCAGGACAAGAACACGGCCUUCCGAGAAGUCGCAGCAGAGGCCCGGACCAAGGCCUACGAGGCACCUGCACACUCCAGCAUCCCCUUCGACGCUCUGCUGGAAAAGCUCGAUAUUCCCCGCUCGGCCACCCACAGCCCCCUCUUCCAGGUGUGGAUGGACUACCGUCCGUUCAAUGUAGACACCAAGGACAUCGACGCCGCCAGGAUGCUCGGCCGCGGGCCCGAGUUGAGAUCAGCGUGGCCGGAGACGGUCUCCCAUCGCAUCUCUGAUAUCGCAGCCCGGAAGCCGGAGAGCGAGGCCGUCAAGGAUGGGAAUGGCAACUCGCUGACCUACGGUCUCUUGGCACAACGCAUCCAGUCCAUCAGCGGGUCACUCGUCAGGGCGGGCGUCCAACAGGGUUCCACGGUAGCCGUCUUCCAGCAGCCUAGCGUCGACUGGGUGUGCUCUCUCCUUGCUAUAUGGCAUGCCGGUGGUACCUACGUGCCUAUGGACCUCCGCAGUUCCCUCCCCCGCCUGGCACUCGUCGCCAAGGCGGCCAAGCCAGCUGCCAUCCUCUAUCACGCCCAGAGCGAGGGGCAAGUCGGCGAUCUCUUGUCCUCGGCAGCCCUGAUCAACAUCUCGUCUCUCCCGGCUGCGACGACGACCACCACCACCACGGAGAGCCAUGCCAGGGCCGACACUCCUGCCGCGGUCUUGUUCACCAGUGGCUCAACCGGACGGCCCAAGGGCGUUGUCCUAACCCACUCGGCUUUCAAGAACACCAUCGAGGGCCUGACCACGCAGUACAAGGUUGGCGCCGAGCGAGUACUACAGCAAAGCGCAUUCACCUUUGACUUCUCCCUUGAUCAGAUCCUCUGCGGUCUGGUCAACGGGGGUUCGGUCUACGUGGUAACCAAGGAGUGCCGCGGUGAUCCCAUGGCCAUCGCCAAGGUGAUCGAAUCCGAGAAAAUCACCUACACCCGUGCCACCCCUUCCGAGUAUGCCAGCUGGAUCGGCUACGGGGCCGCUGACCUCAUGGGUGCCUCUGAAUGGCGAUUCGCGUGGGGAGGUGGUGAGCUAAUGCCCAGAUCAUUACGUCAGAGCAUCGAGGGUCUGGGACUCGAAGGGCUGAAGCUGUACAACUCGUACGGUCCCGCCGAGUCCAUCACCUGCACCAAGACGGAAAUCCCGUACGGACCCGAAUUUGACGAGGACGACAUCCCGUUCAUCGGCAACGCCUAUGCACCACCGGCGCUCGCCUCCUCCGAGGGACGUACGGUGUACCGCACUGGCGACGUCGGCCGCCUUCGUGACGACGGUGCGCUCCUGUUCCAUGGACGGAUCGCGGGUGACACUCAGGUCAAGAUCCGCGGCAUGCGUGUCGAACUCGAAGACGUCGAGAACACAAUCCUGAAGGCUGCCGAGGGUGCCCUGCACGGGGCGGUGGUGUCGGUCCGCGGCGAGUUGCUCGUCGCCCACGUCCAGUUCGCACCGGGCCAGUACACCGAGGGCGAGCAAAACGCAUUCCUCCGCUCGCUGCGAUUCAUCUUCGCCUUGCCCGUCUGGAUGAUCCCGGCCAUUUUCGUUGCCUUGGCGCAGAUACCGGUCAACCCGCACGGCAAGGCAGAUCGUGCUGUUGUCCAGGCCCUGGAAAUCCAGCAGGCCAAGGGUGGGCGAACUGCCGAGGAUCUCGCCGAGACUGAGCGCACGCUGGUCGAGCUGUGGAAAGAGGUCAUCCCGGACCACGUUGCGGGAGCUCUGGAAGCCAGUGACAGCACGAGCUUCUUCGAGCUCGGCGGCAACUCGCUGCUUCUCGUCACGCUCCAGAUCAUGAUCAAUAUGCGAUUCAACGCCAAGCUAUCGCUGACUGAUCUCUUCGGUGCCGUCACGCUGGGCGCCAUGGCCGCCAAGAUUGAGACAUCGGAGCCCGCUGACAAUAUCGACUGGGACUUGGAAACUGCCCUUGACCGUAACCUCGCCGAGAUUGGUGACACCGGGUCAGAUAUCCCAGUCCGCACAAGCGGCCGGAAGAGAGUCCUCGUCACUGGAUCCACCGGCUUCCUGGGACGGCGGCUGGUGCAAAGGCUUGCGGAAUCGAACGACGUGGACGAGAUCCACUGCGUCGCUGUCCGUCCCAAGCAACGUCCCUCGGGCCAAGUCAUAUCGGACAAGGUCAAGGCCUACACAGGUGAUCUCGCAGCACCGCGGCUCGGACUCACCGAGGAGAGCUUCCAGUCCCUCUCGACUGCGGUGGACAUGAUCAUCCAUGUGGGUACGAGCCGCUCACUACUUGACGCCUACCAGUUCCUCCGCGGGGCGAACCUCGAGUCGACGAAAACGCUCGUGCAGCUGGCUGCCGCGCGACGCAUCCCCUUCCACUUCAUCUCGAGCGGUAGCGUCGCGGCUAUGACGGACUCAGUCCCGCCCACGGGCGGCUCCCAGGGCUAUAUGGCAUGCAAACGGGCGUCAGAGAAGUACCUCACAAAAGCUGCUGCGCAGCUUGAACUUCCUCUGGCAAUCCACCGAGUGACAGUACCACCUCAAGGGGCAGCUGGCGAGACAGAGGAAAUCCUCGACCACUUCCGAGGCCUCUCGUCUCAGAUGCAGACAGCGCCAGCUUCGGGCGACUGGCAAGUCAAGCUCGACGUGGUCCGGGUUGAUGACCUCGCGCGACGAAUGGCGGACACGUUCACGUCCGAACUGCUCGGGAACGGGGAGGUGCGGCACAUCGAUCACCAGUCGGGGGUAAGCCUGGACAUGGAGAAGGUGAUACGACAAAUUACAGAGGGGCGGGAGGCCCAGCACCGUACAAUACCAGCUGUGCAAUGGAUUGCACAGGCUCGCAGUAGGGGUUUGCAGUGGCAAAUAACUUCCAUGGACCAUGUGCCGUUCGGCGACGGGUGGCAUAUGAUCAUGUAG